AUGGACAAGACUCGGAUAAGUUGUACCGACAGAUUGAGCAAUGUGUAUGAGAAAGGAGUCAAGAAUUUUCUUCAAUUUGCUUUUAAGGACAAAGAACCAGAUGAUGAAAUUCCUUGUCCUUGUAAGACAUGCAACAAUGUUCUCUACCACACUAGAGAUGAAGUAGAGGACCAUUUAAUAUUUACUAGGAUAGUCCCUUCGUAUACUCGAUGGCUUCAUCAUGGAGAAUUUGCAGCUAAAAAGCAAAAAACUAAUAAUAAUGAAGUAGAACAAAAGGAUGUAAGCAGAGAGCAACGUAAAGAUAUAUUUGAGAUGAUUAAUGAUAUUGUUGGCCUUGAUAUCAUGGAUGAUUGUACUGAGGUUAAUUUUAAACAAGAUGAUACUUCAGAACCUACUUUAAAAUUUUCUAAAUUGUUGGAGGAUGCUGCACAACAACUCUAUCCUGGUUGCGAAACAUUCUCCAAGUUAUCACUAAUUAUUGAAAUUUUUCAAAUUAAGUGUCUUCAUGGGUUGAGUGAUAAAGCAGUUGAUAGCACACUGAAGUUAAUUAAUGAGCACUUUCUUCCGGUGAAACUUUACCAGAGUCAUUCUAUGAAGCAAGAAAAAUGGAAAUCAGUUGAAGGUCAAAAAGCUAAUGGCACUACUCAAAGAAAGGCUGAGAACAAAGUUCCUCAAAAAGUGUUACGUUACUUUCCCUUGAAAUCAAGAUUACAAAGGUUAUUUAUGACAUCAGAAAUAGCUUCAGAUAUGACAUGGCAUGAUGAUCGUCUUUCGAAAGAUGGGGUUCUUAGACAUCCAACAGACUCUGAGGCGUGGAAACAGUUGGAUAUGUCUAAUCCGGGCUUUGCUAAAGAUCCUCGAAAUGUUAGACUUGAUUUAGCAGCUGAUGGAAUGAAUCCUUUUGCUUCAAGAAAUAAUAUCGACGUAUACUUAGAACCAUUGAUAGAUGAGUUGCGAGAAUUAUGGUUUUGUGGAGUAAAUACAUAUGAUGCUUCAAGAAAAGAGAAUUUUUGUAUACGGGUAGCACUCUUGUGGACAAUAAAUGAUUUUUCCGCUUAUGCCAACUUGUCUGGAUGGAACACAAAGGGAGCUUUGGCUUGCCCUUUAUGCAACAAAGACACUCCAUCUACUCGAUUGAAGUAUGGUCAUAUUGAAGGAAAAACAAAAGAUAAUCUUAAUGUUUGUCUUGAUUUGAAGGAAAUGGGUAUAAGAAAAGAUUUGCAUCCAACACAAAGAGAUGAAAGAUGGUAUUAUCCAACAGUAUGUUAUACUUUAUCACCAGAUGAAAAGUCUAAGGUAUGCAAGUUCUUGAAAAAGGUUAAGGUUCCAAAUAGUUAUUCUUCCAAUAUAUCAUGGUGGGUGAAGUCAGAGGAUCGUAAAAUUUAUGGACUAAAGAGUCAUGAUUCACAUAUUUUGUUGGAACAAUUACUUCCUUUUUCAAUUCGUGGAGUUGUGCCUAACAAUGUCUAUGAUGCUAUCACUGAGUUAAGUAUUUUCUUCAGAGAGUUGUGUUCGAAAAAAUUGAGGAUUAAUGUGUUGGAUCAACUUGCAACUCAAAUUCCAAUAACAUUGAGCAAAUUAGAGAAAAUAUUUCUACCAACAUUUUUUGAUGUUAUGGUGAACUUAGUUGUUCAUCUUCCAAGAGAGGCGAAGCUUGCUGGACCUGUAAAAUAUAGGUGGAUGUACCCAAUAGAGCGAUUCUUGCGCAGUUUGAAAUUUUACAUUCGUAAUAUAAAUCAACCCGAAGGAUCUAUUGCAGAAGGAUACAUUGUUGAAGAAAGUCUAAUAUUUUGUUCAAGAAGAAAUCCACUUGCAAGUGGCGAAUUGUAUUGCUUGGCUAGAGGUCCUCUUGAUGGUGUUCAAAGAUUCAAGGGGUAUGAAAUAAAUGGUUUUAGGUUUCAUACUAAGCUACUUGAGGAAAAGAGGAAGACACAAAAUAGUGGUGUUUUAGUAAGAGGAGUAGCUAGUGGUCAAAAUAUUAAUUACUAUGGUGUUCUAACCAAAAUAGUUGAACUUCAAUACGUCGGAUGUAAACAUAUUGUUUUGUUUAAAUAUGAUUGGUGUGAUGGUCAUCAUAUUGAAAAGGGAGUGAAGAUAGAUAAACAUAAUUUUGUUAGUGUUAACAUCAAGCGGAAACUAGCAACAAAUGAACCAUUUAGGCUUGCAUCUCAAGCAGAACAAGUAAUUUAUGUCAAGGACAAUCUUAAUCCAAAUUGGUCAAUUGUUCUUUAUGGUCAUUCAACCUAUUUUACUGGAGGUUCUAUCAGUGAAAAUACUUUUCAGCAAGAUGUUUGUAAUGAUUACUUGCAUGCAUUCGAAGAAGAAGAAGACCUGAUAAAUUGGAGAAAAAGAGAUCUUGAAAUUAUCAGCACUGAUGUUACCUCGACUGAUGAUAUCAUUGAAGGCAUCGUAUCAGAAUUAGAAACUGAUGAUGAAGAUUUGUUAUUGUAA